CCAACCCCAUCGAUCGCUAGCUUGCUCGCUUCCUAAAUUCCAUCAGCUUCAAUCUCUAUAUCUUCCCACCAACCCAAUCCAAUGCAAACCCACGACACCAUGUCCGGACCCACCGGCUACUACUCCGAUUUAGUCUAUCUGGAAUCCAUUCGCCGUCACUUGCUCGGUGAAUCCGACGCUGCUCCGGUUGCUAAAUCCAGUAACACCCCUGCUCGCGAACAUUGGGGUGAAUUGCCUCUCAGAGAGGACGACCCCGAAGACAUGCUGCUUUAUAGUGUACUCCGGGGCGCAUUCCAAGUCGGAUGGCCCCCAUCGGUCCACGCUGGCUCACCGGAAACCGUCUGCUCCACUUUUCCAUACGCCAUUGCUGUGAAACCGGAACCGGAUGUAGUACAGGUGGCGGGGGCGGCCCCGCGAGAGAAGGUGAAGGAGAAGGCGAGGCAUUACCGAGGGGUGCGUCAGCGGCCGUGGGGGAAGUUCGCGGCGGAGAUCCGAGACCCGGCUAAGAAUGGAGCUCGGGUGUGGCUGGGGACAUUCGAGACGGCGGAAGAUGCGGCUAUGGCAUACGACCGAGCCGCUUACAAAAUGCGGGGCUCGCGGGCUCUUCUUAAUUUUCCACUCCGGGUGAACUCUGGUGAACCGGAGCCUGUUAGAGUGAGGGCGAAGCGGUCUUCUUCGUCGGAGACCGGGAAGGGAAAGGCGAAGGUGGCGAGAAGGGAGGUUGGAAGUGACGUGGCAUCUCGUGCAAGUAGUGGACAACAUCUAUCGGUCGGCUGAAAAUAUGCUAAAUGCCGUUCUGAUGUGUCCUGUAAAUUAUGUGAUGAGAUGCUAUGGAAUACUAGGAUUUCUGCAUCAUGCAGUUAGCCUGAGAGAUCAAAUUAAUAAAGAUGUGGCUGUAUUCAAUUCAAUACAUUUCAAUAAUAACUAUUCCUUUUCUA